AUGCCUCCAAAAACAAAAACUCGUGAAUCAACAAGCGAAGCAGACAAGGACACAACUUUAUCAGUUCAAGCACCAGCUGCCGUCACUGCUGCACUUCAAGUUAAUGAUAGUGUAUCAGGUGAUAGUGAAACCAGUGGACCAACACCCAUCACUAAAUUAGAUAAAUCAUGUGGUAUUGGUACUGCAGAUUUAAAAAAAUUACAAGAAGCAGGCUUUUGUACUGUUGAAUCUAUUGCAUUUGCACCACGAAAAAGUCUUUUAGCCGUCAAAGGUAUUAGUGAUGCAAAAGCUGAUAAAUUAGCUGCUGAAGCAGCAAAACUUGUUCCUAUGGGUUUUACAACAGCUACUGAAUAUCAUCAAAAACGUUCAGAAAUUAUUCAAUUAACAACUGGCUCAAAAGAACUUGAUAAACAAUUACAAGGUGGUUUUGAAACUGGUUCUAUUACAGAAUUAUAUGGUGAAUAUCGUUGUGGUAAAUCACAAUUAUGUCAUCAAGUUGCUGUGACUUGUCAAUUACCCAUUGAUAUGGGUGGUGGCGAAGGUAAAGCAAUUUAUAUUGAUACAGAAGGUUCAUUUCGUCCUGAACGUUUAUUGGCUAUUGCUGAACGAUAUGGUCUUUCAGGUCAAGAUGUUUUAGAUAAUAUUGCUUAUGCACGUGCUUAUAAUACUGAUCAUCAAAUUCAAUUAUUAUAUAUGGCAACAGCUAUGAUGUGUGAAUCAAGAUAUGCAGUAUUAAUUGUCGAUAGUGCCACAUCACUUUUUCGAACUGAUUAUUCAGGUCGUGGUGAAUUAGCUGCAAGACAGAUGCAAUUAGCUAAAUUCAUGCGUAUGUUAUUACGUAUCACAGAUGAAUUUGGUGUUGCUGUAUUACUUACAAAUCAAGUUGUUGCUACAGUUGAUGGGAAUGCAAUGUAUGGUGAUCAAAAGAAACCUAUUGGUGGCAAUGUUAUGGCUCAUGCAUCUACAACGCGACUUUAUUUAAAAAAAGGCAAAGGUGAUUCACGUAUAUGUCAUGUUGCAGAUAGUCCAUGUUUACCGGAAACUGAUGCUGUAUUUGCUAUUGGUCCUGAAGGAAUUGUUGAUGCAGCACCCAAAGAUCUUUGUUAA